CUCGGAAGCCAACACCCAAAAGCCAAAACGCUUUCCGCUUCCGCCAUAGCCUCUCGCCAAAGGCCUCUGCGGCUGCCUCCUCUCUCCGCCGAUUUUUAUCCUUUCCGUGCAGCCGCCGGCCAUGGCCAUUGCAUCUUCAAACAUCAAUUUUAUGCCCGGAUUUAUCACGAAGGAUCAUCAUCUUCACCAUUCUUCUUUUUCCAUCUUGUUUUGCUACCUGCUGCUUUCCGUUUUGUUUUCAUCUGCUUCAACCGCUUACGCAUUUACUGGAGAUGUAGCCGAAGAUUCAAAGAACAGAAGGGCCGAUUUGUUUGUGGAAAUUCUUAAGGACGAAGCAGUAGGAAGACUGAACGAACUAGGAAAGAUAAGUGAUGCUGCUCGCUAUCUCGAGAGGACAUUCUUGAGUCCAGCUUCUAUCAGAGCAAGGUUUCUUCUUCAGAAAUGGAUGGAGGAUGCUGGAUUAAGAACGUGGGUUGACUGCAUGGGUAAUCUUCAUGGUCGAGCUGAGGGAAGGAAUGCAAGUGCUGAAGCAUUACUUAUUGGUUCUCACUCGGACACUGUGGUUGAUGCUGGAAAAUUUGAUGGCGCAUUAGGAAUCAUAUCUGCUAUCUCUGCUUUGAAAGUUUUUCACAUGAAUGGGAAGUUAGAAGAAUUAAAGAGGCCAAUUGAGGUGAUUGCCUUCAGUGAUGAAGAGGGUGUGAGGUUUCAAUCAACCUUCUUAGGAAGUGCUGCAAUUGCUGGUAUUUUACCAGUUUCGUCUUUGGAAAUAUCAGAUAAAAGUGGCAUGACAAUAAAAGAUGUUCUUAAGGAGAGUGGAGAAGAGAUAACAGAGGAGAAGAUUUUGCAACUCAAGUAUGACCGUAACUCUGUCUGGGGAUAUGUCGAGGUUCAUAUUGAACAAGGACCUGUACUUGAGUGGUCUGGUUUUCCCCUUGGAGUUGUUAGAGGCAUAGCCGGGCAGACACGACUAAAGGUUACAGUGAGAGGUUCUCAGGGGCAUGCAGGAACGGUUCCAAUGCCUUUGCGCCAGGAUCCCAUGGCAGCUGCAGCUGAAUUGAUUGUACAAUUGGAAAGACUCUGCAAGAAACCAGAGAGCUUUUUAUCCUUUGAUGGCCAUUGCAGUGACUCCACCUUGAAAUCACUGUCCACAUCUCUUGUUUGUACGGUUGGAGAGAUAUCAACAUGGCCCAGUGCAAGCAAUGUCAUUCCAGGCCAGGUGACGUUCACUGUAGAUUUACGUACUAUCGAUGACAUAGGACGUGAAUCUGUACUUUAUGAGUUCUCUAAUCAAGUCCAUAAAAUUUGCAGCAGCCGAUCUGUUUCAUGCAAUAUUGAACGCAAGCAUGAUGCUAAUGCUGUAAUUAGUGAUUCGGAGCUGAGCUCGCAGCUAAAAUCUGUCGCUUCCUCUGCACUAAAAAAAAUGGUAGGCGAGAUUCAGGAAGAAGUACCUGUAUUAAUGAGUGGAGCAGGGCAUGACGCUAUGGCAAUGUCUCAUUUGACAAAGGUGGGAAUGUUGUUCGUCCGCUGUCGUGGAGGCGUAAGUCACUCCCCCGCCGAGCAUGUACUGGAUGACGAUAUCUGGGCCGCUGGUUUAGCAGUCUUGGAAUUUUUAGAAAACCAUCUGUAAUAUUGUAGCCUAUGUAUUUGUUCAUUGUACGCAAGACUAGUUAGUAACUUGGUAUAAAAUGCUACAUGUUUAUUCAACUGUACAAUCCAUCUUUGUUGAUUGAACCUUCUCUUCAUCGUAGGCAAGAAUAAUCAACUUCGUACUCUGUGUAAAUUCAAUUUUUACAAUCCAUGUUCGUGGAUUGUGUUCUAUAA